UCGUGCUAUUCCCGCCACUGCCCGCCAAAUAUCUGUCAAAUUGUCAAAAUCAGGCCUAUUCAGGAUAAGUUUACGUGUUUAAGGUUGUUUAUUUUUAUGUUUUAUUUAGUAUUUCGUACAGUGAAAUCAUUAUAAAAAUGUCUAAUCUAGACGAGAGUGAAGAAAAUUUAAUAGGUGUAAUGGACAGUCUAUGUUCAGAUCUAAAUGUUGACCCUGUUGCUGCGAAAAAGGCUAAGGACUCAUUUCUACAUUUAAAACGACAUUUUACUUUAGAUGGUGAUACAGGGCAUUGGAUGGCUUGUGCCCUGUAUGUGGCAUGCAGGACAUCCAUAACACCAACUGUCCAGUCUGGGAAAGCUGUAGAAGGGAACUGUGUCAGUCUCACCAAGCUCCUGAGACUAUGCAACAUAAGUCUUAUUCAGUUCUUCAAAAAAAUCAAGAAUUGGAUGGAGAUGGCUUUAAUGUCAACUGAGUUUAGAGAUAGGAUAUCUCAUUUGGAGCACAAGUUUGCAGUGUCCACAGUCCUGUACAGAAACUUCCAGCCUAUCUUCCAGCAAAUCUUCUCUGGCCUGACUAAUGAGCCUUUGAAGCCUAGCACUUUGAAGAGAAGGUCUAAGAACCAGCCUUGUACGACAAAUGCUCUGUAUGAGUUCACCUGGUGUUUGUACAUAUGUGUGAAGGGAGAGUUCCACAAGUCCGCUCAUGAUCUUGUAGACAUGUACCAUCUGCUGCUUGCAUGUUUGGACUUUGUAUUUGCUAAUGCUUUCUUGAGCAAAAGGACUGAUGUUAUUAAUCCUGCCUUCAAAGGUUUACCAAAAGAUUGGUUGAGUGAUGAUUUCAAAAUGCCAAACACAGCGCCGUGUAUCAUGUCCACAUUGUGUGAGAUAAAGAAUGGUCUACUAGUAGAUGCUGCUUCCACAAAGGAGUACAGCUGGAAACCUGUUGUAAAAUCAUUCUUUGAAAAACAAAUCCUGAAAGGUGAUAAGGAACAACUUUCUGGCGUGCUUGAUGUAGGAUUAUUUGAUCAAAAUCUUAAAUCAUUGAACAAUUUAUAUGAAACUUACGUUUUAAGUGUUGGAGAAUUUGAUGAACGUAUAUUUUUGGGUGAACAUGCAAAUGAACAAAUUGGAACAUCGAAUAAAGUGUCUGGAGAUGAAAUAUCACAAGUUAUAGCUACAUUUGGCCCAAGUAACCGCGCCUGUCACGAGACUCCGCUAACAGGCCGCCGGUAUUUAGCUCGCCGAGACGAGGAGCUCACACCAGUUUCCGAAGCUAAGAACAGCCUCGCUCGUCUCGCUUCCUACCUCAGAAAUGCCAAACCGCAACCUUCCAGGGACCUCUUGAAAUUAUUCUCUGACUGCAAUGUAAACAUGGAGGCAAUAAACACGAAUCUAGUGCAGCCAUGUAACAGGUGGAUGGAGAAGUUUGCUAAUAGUUUGAGAGAGAGCAAUACCACAUCCAGUAACGAGACCAUAUCAUUCCGAUGUAACAUGGUCACCUGUUUGUAUUAUAAAGUAUUUGAACACAUCAUCAGAGAGGAACAUAGAAAGAAACCACAAGUGUCCUUAAAUAUGCUGCUGACUCAAGAAACAUACCAGUUGGCAGUGUACGCGUGCUGUACAGAGAUAGUUCUACACGCUUACGGCUUCCACUCGCUAAAGUUCCCGAAAGUAUUGCAGAUAUACGGACUCAGUGCCUUCCACUUCUAUAAGAUUAUCGAGCUUGUAGUACAGGCGGUCGUCGAGAAACUCAGCCGUGAUGUUAUCAAACAUCUUAAUGCUGUAGAGGAAGAAGUAUUGGAGUCCUUAGUGUGGACAUCAGACAGUCCGCUCUGGGACCAGCUUAGUAAAACUCCUGUACCAGCAUCCAUGGACGUUAAAGUUCACGAUUCACCGCAUCGUAGAACCAAUGGUCUUCAAUCGCCAGUGUCAUCGGUUAUGGAUCGUUACCUGUCACCUAUUGCAGACCAGGCGAAAAAGCAGCUAUUCAAAGACAAUAUCAAACCGGGACAAUCUUUACUAGUUGCCACGAACACUACGCCGUUGAAACAAGAAGCAAGCACUUCGCAAGCCACACCUGGUUGCUCGAACGGCGAAUCGAAUAGCAACACUACUACACCUAAGAAAACUAAUAACUCGUUAAUAUUGUUCUUUAGAAAGUUUUAUAGUUUAGCUGUGGUGCGUGUAAAUGAUUUGUGUACUCGACUACGUUUAACUGACGAAGAGCUGAAGAAGAAGAUAUGGACGUGUCUAGAAUAUUCUGUGAUGCACCAGACACAGCUUAUGAAGGACCGCCACCUGGACCAAAUACUCAUGUGCGCCGUCUACGUUAUAUGUAGAGUGUCAAACAAUCCUACAAAUCAAGUAGAGAGGACAUUUACAGAAAUCAUGCAUUGUUAUAGACAACGGCCAUUAGCUGAUAAUCAUGUGUACAGAUCUGUUCUUAUUAAACAGAGUGAUGGAGAGAGUUCACCAGAAAGAGGCGAUUUAAUUAAUUUCUACAAUAAAGUUUAUGUCCAAUGUAUGCAGAACUUUGCAUUAAGAUUUACUGGGAAGCAUAAAGACGAAUGUAGCCUAUCUCCGCUGCCGGCCGGUCGCGGCGAUGCGACGUGGUCCCCCGCCGGCCAACGCGUGUCGGAGAGGCACCAGCUCUACGUGAAGCCUCUCACCACGCCACCGCCGCCGCACCAUCAUCUCACUUACCGCUUCAGCCGCAGCCCUGCCAAGGACCUACACGCUAUCAACACAAUGGUGUCGUGUGAGGUGGGCGGGUUAGCCACGUCGCUGGGCGCGCUAGGAGUGAAGCGCGGCGCUGAGGCAGGGGGGGACGUCGUGAAGCGAGCACGUCUCGCGCACCCCAGCGUGGCGCGCCGGCUGCAGGGACUCAUGACCGACCGACAGGCUGUCUAGACGGUACCGACAGUUCAUUGCCUCACAUUCUAAUCAUAAACACGUUGGUACACAUUGUAAUGAAAUUUUUGUUUUUUCCCAGAUUCAAUCAAAUCCAUCCAAAAUUUACAUUCGAGUCUAUGUACGUUUUCUUAGUCAUAUUUAUUUCAUUUCAUUUAGUACCAAAAAUCACUUCUAGCUCUCUAGCCGACGUAUGUCUUUAUUCUUUUAAAAACGGUUUGAUUAUAUGACGAAUUGUAAUAUGUAAAUGUGAAAUCAAUUUUGUUAAGAUUGACCGAAUGACUUGAUGCUUAGUUAGUCAUAACUUGUACUGCAAGCAGUGCCAGAUCGCCGCCCGGAGGCAAUGUCACGCGUACUUAGCGCCCACAACGUUGAGAAAAAUACAUAUUGAUCUCAUUUUUUAUUUAUGUUGAUAAUACAUAUAGUAUUGAUAUGCCAUAACUUGAAUUUUGCUCAUUGCUUAACGUAAGAUUUAAGUUAUAAUAGUAAUCGAGUCUUUCAAGGGCUGUGUCGGAAUGAAUUGUGUUUCUGAAGCAAGAACACUGUUUUAUUUACCAGGUUUCUGUCAACAUACAAGUAUGUAAUUUGAGUUUUUAUUUUCCAUCUUAACAUAAUUGACUGAAUAAUUUGUUUGUAGCAAAUAUUUUAUUUUACUCCAUAGUUUUCAUAUUGUAGGUAUGGCACUACCUAAUAUUAAGUUCCUCGUAAAUUUUGUUUCUUACAAUCUGACAUAUUUUAGUUUCUUCCAUUAAUUGUAUUAUUAUUCCUUAGUUUGUAAGUAAUCAGAGAAAAUUAUAAAUCAAUUUGUUUUAACUAUCAAUCAAAAUUAAAUGAUUGUAUAUUUCGGACAUAAGCACUAUAUAUCAUGUAUUCUAUUAGAUUUUACUCUUAGAUAAUAAAAUAAAAGAUUGUAUCCAA